CCCUGUCUCUCAAACUCUGGUUUAGGUAGAUUUAUAUGUUCUGAUGUGUUCGGUGUGCAGAUCUCGCAAGCGAUGCUCGUCUCUGUGAUUUGCUUGUUAAGAAAUUAUGCAUAGAUUACCUGACUGCUGCUUUCGGUUAGCUUGCCGUUGUGGUAGAAUAUCAGUUUGCCCUUUGCACGUCCGCUUCUGCAGGUUUAGUAGUACAUGUCUAUCAAUUUAGGUGUUUCAGCUUGCACGUUUUGUCCAGAUCCAGAACUUAAAAGUAGCACUUUCACCUAAGAGAUCUAGCAGGUAAAUCUUUUUAGUUCAAGUUCAGAUUUAAAGACAGAUAUAUGGUAUCUAGGAUGCAGGUUGGCCAUGCUCGUAGUGGCAGAGCUUGAAAGAAAUCUAAGGAGGCGCAAAGAAAAAUAUAAUCAAAUAAAAAAUCAUAUGUCUGUAAGGGAUGCAAGCGGACAACGUCUGCAUAUCCACGAAGCAAAAAUUACACUAUCUUUGUUACUUUAACAACCAUGUUAGUUUAUUUUUUUCCUUCCGCAGACGCUCAUGAACGCCGUCCACUUAAACAAGUUAGAUUUUGCAGAAUAUUGAGAACAUAGAUAAUUACAUUGAUCUUAUCCACAUUAGAUUACAAAAUACAUUUCUGACAUUAAUUAUAUAUAAGCUACUUUGUAACAAAUGAAACUGAACCAAAAUACUAAUUAAAUAUGGAGUAUUGAGUUAAUCACUAAAGAUCAACUCUUUGUUUCUUUCCGCUCCUAAAUUGCAUAAGAAAUUCAUGGCUGUGAUUUUACUCUCUGUGCUUAACACAAGCUACUGGAUAGUAAAUCAUCUUCCAACAUAUUACUAUGUAGCAUUGUCUUAUUAAUCUUCAGAGUAGAAAAUACACGCUCGACACUUGUUGUAGAAAAUGUAAAAUCAAUGGUCUUUCUUUUAACCAUUACAUCUCUAAAAACAAUUUUUAAUUAGAACUACAACUAGUUAAGAUGAAACAUGCAAGAAUCUACACUGAAAAGGUGUAAUCAUAAGAGUUGGACUCCAGUAUAGCAGGAUUAAAUUCCAGGCUAGACUGCUCUUGCUGCUCACAACCUCACUUUUACGCAACGCUGGCAGUGGCCUGAUGACUAAGCACCACCGUGACUAGAGGAGCCCAGGAGCUCUAAGCACCAGCCUCAGGCAUCUGGCCCCAACGCCGGCAAGCUCUAGUGGUCUGUGUCCCGGUUCCCUGACCCCCGCUCACGCGUCGCCGGUCGCAAAGUCCACGCUAGACAAAAGAGCAUAAGACACACUACAGUAUUGGGUCGCUGCUUGUUUUUCUCCGAUGCAGAGCGCGAGAAGGAUGUGUUAACUGCCGUAUUGGUUGUAGUGUGCAGUACUACUACCUAGUACUAAAAAAAUUCCUUUUCGCUGGGCGGCGACCGCCCAGGUUUGCCCCCAUGAAGCUCCGCCAUUGCAUGCUAGUGCCCUGGAUACUAUGGCAACUAGAUUGUUGAUUGUUUGUGUGGGCAAAGCAACCAAAGUUGUUGAUAGGUACUCUUUUGUCCUCUCUUUUCAGGGAAAUUGUGAUGGUUGCUGGAACAAUCUUCCUUCUAAUGAUCCCAUUUCAGUUUUAAGUUCUCAGUUGCUAUGACUUGGAAUGAUAUCCUUGGUACCAAGGAUUGUUUAGAGAUUACAUUGUUGUUUUCUAGCUUGGAGAAGCAACAUCAACUUGGGAUGCAGAUUCACCAAUAUAUGUAUAUGCGUCUCAUAGCGGGGAGCUCUUGCACGGAUAUCCUUGAAACGAGCCAAGAACCACUAAAUUUGUGUGCUCAGGAACAUGCAGAUCAUGACCAUAAUGUCACUUUGGAUGCUUCUCCCCAAGAUUUGAAUCUGGAGCCUGACGCAGGUGUUGCAGGGAUGGUUGGAUUUUUAUUGAUAAUGCAUCUGGAAUUAACUCACUCGGCUCUAACUCGGCUCUAUCUCUCUUGGGAAGGCAACCCCUUGAUAGUUUAUGAUUUUGGGUGCAUGUAUAGAUAGCAUGUUGUAACAAGUUUUUUUGAUACUCAGCGUGACCAACAUUGCUUGUACAUAUUGGUCAAGGUGUUCUACUUGCAAUAACUAACUUCAGCUAUAGCUAUAUUUUUUGAAUUUGGCUUUAAGUUGACCAUCUAUCUGAUGUAUGUGUUCA